AUGUGCAAAUCGCCUCUCCACCAGUUCCUGGCCGAGCUGCCAAAGUGCGAGCACCACCUACACCUCGAGGGCUGCCUCACGCCGGCCCUCGUCUUCAAGCUCGCCGCCAAGAACGGCGUCGCCCUGCCCAGCCCGGAGGACGACCCGGCCUACGCGUCGCCAGAGUCCCUCGCCGCGCACUACGACAACUUCGGCAGCCUCGAGGACUUCCUGCAGUGCUACUACCGCGGCCUGCGCGUGCUCGUCGCCGAGGCCGACUUCGAGCUCCUGGCGUGGGAGUACUUUGUGACGGCGGCCGAGCACGGCGUCCGCCACGCCGAGGUCUUCUUCGACCCGCAGAGUCACACGGAGCGCGGCGUGGCCUUCGACACGGUAGUGCGCGGGUUCAAGGCCGCGUGCGACCGCGCGCGCCGCGAGCUAGGCAUCACGACGCGCCUCAUCAUGUGCUUCCUGCGGCACCUGCCGCCCGCCUCGGCGGCCGAGACGCUGGCGUCGGCCGUCGAGGGGGGCCACCUCGACGGGGACGGCGACCACCACGACGACGACAACGAGGCGCGCAGGACGAUCACGGGGUUCGGGCUCGACUCGUCCGAGGUCGGCUUCCGGCCAGAGCUCUUUGCCGACGUGUACCGCGAAGCCGAGCGGCGCGGGGUGCGGCGCACGGCGCACGGCGGCGAGGAGGGGGACCCGACGUACAUCUCGGGCGCGCUGGACGGCCUGCGAGCCGAGCGCAUCGACCACGGCGUGCGGCUCGUCGAGGACCCGGCGCUGCUGCGGCGCGUUGUCGAAGAGGAGAUCCUGCUGACCGUGUGCCCGCUGAGCAACGUGUGCCUGCGCGUCGUCGAGCACGUCGGCCAGCUGCCGAUCCGCGAGUUCCUCGACGCCGGGGUGCGGUUCAGCAUCAACAGCGACGACCCGGCGUACUUUGGCGGGUACGUGCUGCACAACUUCUGUGCCGUGCAGCAGGCGUUUGACUUUACUAUCGACGAGUGGCGACUUAUCGCCGAGAACUCGAUCCACGGCAGCUGGAUUGGGGAGAAGCGCAGGUUAGAGUUGUUGUCCGAGGUGGCGGAAGUGGUUGAAAGGCAUAGGUGA